AUGCUUGCACUCACUUAUAUAUCCAUCAUCUCUCUGUUGUUACAAUUGACUCUAGGUUCAGAGUCGAACAUUCAAGCUUCUAAACCGGAGAGCAAAUAUUUUACUUUUGCAGAAAAUGGUACACAUCUUAAAGGUAUUACAUUAGGUGGUUGGUUAGUUACUGAACCUUAUAUAACACCAUCUCUUUAUAAAAAUGCCACCAAAAUUGCUAAUGGUAAAAACUCAAACAUAACUAUCGUUGAUGAAUACACUCUAUGUCAAGCCUUGGGAUCCAAUGAUGCUAAGGCGUUAUUAGACCAACAUUAUAAAACUUGGAUUACUGAAGACGAUUUCAAGCAAAUUAGUAAUGAUGGUUUUAACGCUGUUAAAAUUCCAAUUGGUUACUGGGCUUGGAAGUUAGAAGGUACUACCAAUGUGUAUCCAGGGAAUUUUAUAUUUGAGGAUCCAUAUGUUGGCACUAUACAAUAUAAAUAUUUAUCUAAUGCUUUUAAUUGGGCAGGUAAAUACAAUUUACAAAUUGUCAUCGACUUACAUGGUGUUCCCGGUUCCCAAAAUGGGUUCACUAGCUCUGGACAAAAAUUGGAUAAACCAACUUGGUUAGAAAAGGCAAAUUCAACUGAAGUUACCUCUGCAUUAUUAAUGGACCUCUUUCAAAGUAUUACAACUCUCGGAAACUCAUCUAUAAUUGCCGGUUUGGAACUAGUAAAUGCACCUUUAGGUUCUGAAUUAAACAUGACAUUGCUAACAGAGUUUUAUGAAAAUACUUUAAAUAAUUAUGAAAUUCUCAAAAAUAAAGUUAAUAAUCCAGAUUGGAUGACAAAUUUUAUUAUCCAUGAUGCUUUCCAAUCUAUUGGCUAUUGGAGUGACAAGUUAAAUCCAUAUUAUGCUAAUGGUAACAGUUCAUAUUUCAAGAAUAAGAAUUAUACAUUUAAAUCAACAGAUAUUAUAAUUGAUCAUCACAACUAUCAAGUUUUUAGUGAGAGCGACAUAUUUAGUAGUCAAUACAUCCGUCUAAAUGGCGUUAGUCAUUUUGCUGGUUGGAUUGGCCAACAACUAAGUUCACAUAGACAAAUUAUUGGCGCUUGGUCUGGUGCAUUAACUGAUUGUGCAACAUGGCUUAAUGGUGUCGAUGAAGGUGCUAGAUAUGACGGUACUUUCAAGUCAAAUUCAACAAUCUAUUCGUCUUUUGCUAAAAAUCAAACAUGUAUAUCCCAAAACUCAAUUGGCAAAUGGCCCAAAGAAUAUAAGAAGAGGGUUAGACAAUUUAUCGAAGCUCAACUAUCUUCGUAUACAAGUUAUACUAAUGGUUGGUUUUUCACAAACUGGAAAACUGAGAAUGCACCUGAAUGGGAUUACCAACAGUUAAAGAAAAAUGGUUUAUUUCCACACCCGUUUAACAAUCUUAAAUAUUUUGAUAGUGACGGUAAGAUGAAAGCAUCACUGUCUUCUUCACUAUAUUCCGAAUACCAAAGUGGUUUCACCACUACACUUAACCAUGUCUAUCAGACUGGGUUUUAUAAGAAUGCAUCUACCACAAUUAAGAGUCAUUCAAUUUUAAGCUCAAUAUUUGUUUGGAGUUUAAUGUUCUUAUGUUUUGCUCUUGGUAUUGUUUCAUUAUUCUAG